AGAUGUUUUCAGCCAACCAUGUGGAACAAUCAAUCGUCGCAUUUAGCUAACAUAAAAAAACCAAAAGACCGCAUCUUUUUUUAUUAACGGAGGGUCUUUUGAGCAAAUUCGGUCUUAUUAUAUUAGGUCGAUAUGGUAGCUUUUUCGAAACCAGUUAGUGAAUUACCUCCGGCCAUACAAGCAGUUUUGAACCCGACCUCCAAUAUAGGUAACUCACGGCAGACACUAAAUAAGUCUAAAGCAAUAGUUUCGAUUGCUUUCAUAUCAAUCGCUGCAUACAUUACGAAUUAUAUUUAUAAGAAACAAGCGGAGAGAGCUCAAACAAGACCUUCUUUGACACGAGCUGCUAGUAGCAGGGCUGAUUUAUAUGAUGGCCCCGUUCCUGGAAAUAAAAAAUAUACCCUAACUGUCCCUUAUAAAAAUCGUACCGCAAAAGUUACUGUUCGUCCGACUCCACCAGAAACUUUUAAGAAACAUAAAAAACUUUUUCCUCCCCCUACUACUGGUAUUCAGAGGGUUGGUGUAAACAAGUUAUUUUUUAGACAACUAGCUGCUAUUAUUAAAAUAAUACUUCCAAAAGUUCGGUCAAAAGAGGUUUUUAUCUUGUUAUUACAUUCCGUGUUUUUAGUUUUAAGAACAUGGUUAAGUAUAGUAGUAGCAAGAUUGGAUGGACGAAUUGUUAGAGACUUGGUUGCAGCAAAUGGUAAAGAAUUCCUUAAAGGAAUAGCAUAUUGGUUUCUCAUUGCUAUCCCCGCAACUUACACCAACAGUAUGAUUCGAUUUUUCCAGUCAAAAUUAUCUAUCGCUUUUCGAACGCGAUUGACAAGAUAUGUACAUGAUCUUUACAUAAAUGAUCAAAAUACUUGUUAUAAAGCUAUCAACCUUGAUAAUAGGAUCGAAGGUGUUGACCAGUUUAUCACAACUGAUAUUGCUCGCUUUUGUGAUGGGCUUGCUUCAUUGUAUUCAAAUCUGGGCAAACCAGUAUUGGAUACGAUAAUUUUUAAUUAUCAAUUAGCAAAAAGUAUUGGUUUGUAUGGAAUGCUGGGAUUAUUUGGAAAUUAUUUAUUAACAGCAUGGAUUUUAAGAAAGGUUACACCAUCUUUUGGAAAGUUAGCAGCUAUUGAAGCAAAAUUGGAAGGAGAUUUUCGUUCGGCACAUACUCGUUUAAUUACAAAUGCCGAAGAAAUUGCUUUUUACCAUGGAGCCGACUUAGAACAUUCUAUUUUGGAACGUACAUAUCUUAGAUUAGUUAAGCAUAUAAAUUCCAUCUUAAAAAAACGUAUUGCAUAUAAUAUGUUUGAAGAUUUUGUUAUUAAGUAUUGUUGGAGUGCUAUUGGACUUUUAGGAUGUUCCGUGCCAGUAUUCUUCCCAGCUUAUGGUGGACAAGGUGGAAAAAAUGAAAUGCAAAGUGGUACUGAAAAUCAUGGAAAAGAAAGAGAUCGUACAAAGGGUUUUAUUACGAAUAAGAGACUUAUGAUGACACUUGCAGAUGCUGGUGGUCGUAUGAUGUAUUCAUAUAAAGAACUUGCAGAACUCGCAGGUUAUACUUCCCGAGUUUAUAACUUGCUUUCAGUCCUUCAUGCUUUAUACGCAAGCGAGUAUGUUGCUACCCCUCGCCCACUAUCUUUCCCAGAAGAUCAAGAAUUCUAUUCACUUGGCGAUAUUCGUGGAAAGGUUAUAUAUGGUUACGAUGGUAUAAAAUUCGAGGGAGUUCCCAUUGUCGCACCAAAUCCGGGAAAUAAGAGAGGUGGUGAUGAAUUAAUAAAAGGAUUGGAUGUAGUAAUAAAUCCAGGUGAACAUUUAUUGAUUACUGGACCUAAUGGAGUCGGAAAAUCAAGUGUUGCAAGAGUCAUUGCUAGAUUAUGGCCCGUUUUUCGUGGUGUAUUUUCACGUCCAGAUGUAAGUUCUAUAUUCUAUAUUCCUCAACGGCCGUAUCUUAGUAUAGGUACUCUUCGUGAUCAAGUAAUUUAUCCACAUUCUCACGCUGAUAUGAUCCGUAAUAAUCGAACAGAUGAAGAGUUAAUGGAUAUAUUACGCAUUGUCCAUUUGGAUAAUAUUCCAAAACGUGAAGGCGGAUGGGAAACAAAAAAAGAAUGGAAAGACGUUUUCUCUGGCGGCGAAAAGCAGAGAAUUGGCAUGGCCAGACUUUUUUAUCAUAAUCCUAAAUUUGCAAUUCUUGAUGAAUGUACAAGUGCUGUCAGCUCCGAUGUUGAAGGACUAAUGUAUCAACAUGCAAAAGAUAUUAAUAUCACUCUUAUUACUAUAUCUCAUCGACCGUCUUUAUUCAAAUAUCAUACGCAUCUUUUACUUCUUAGUGGAGAUGAAGGGUCAUGGAAAUUUGAAACAAUUGGUACAAAAGAAGAACGUAUGUCCUUAGAUAAUGAAGUUGCGGCUCUGGAAGCUAAACUAAAAGAUGUAGAAUCUAAUAAAGCUAGAAUCGAAGAAAUCAAUAAGGAAUUACAAUUGGGAAUACCGGAAGAUAAAAAGCAAAACAUUGUGGAUUAAGCUGGUAUUUAAGAGUCCUCUUUUAUGUGUGACAUACGAAUUUAAUAUGUGGUUUUUUGUAUCUAUAUUUUGGUUUUUUAGAUCUUACCUAUUAAGUAUUCUUUUUCAUAUUUAAAACAAGUAAAAUAAUAAAAAUAGAUACAAAGUUUUACUACUAAUUAAUAAUAGUGUUAAAGUUUAGCUUUUAUAAAGAAUGCAAUAAAUUUGUAUCACUCUUUUCUGAAGAAAAUGUACAUAAAUUACAGUUUAGAAGCAAGAACUGAUAAAAUAACAAAUAAUGUGGCAUAAAUUAAAUUUUUGUACUAGUACAAUCAGCUACAAUCUUGCAUAACUAGGUGUUGAAUACAAUUUUUGAAAUAAAUACAUUCUAUUUUAUUGUUA